GCCUAGUCGAAGUACGAAUCACUUGGACAAGGGACGAAGAACACCGUGAGUGGUUUGAGUACUUGGAGUUGAUGAUCGUUCAAGCUUGGAGGACGGACAUAGAAGGCGAUCUUCUCAAAUUCCUGUUCGGAUCAGUGCGCCCCAGCCAUCGCCAGCUGAUCAUCGUGGAGCUGACGGUCCCCCUUGCGGAGUUAGCAGACGACCUCCCACUUGAGAUCAUCUCGCAAAGUGACAACAGCCCGGUUCCGCACGUCCUCACACGGACUCUAACGGCGUAUCUUCAGUGGUCCGCGCGCCAGGAGGAGCUGGGGACCAGCUGCAACCUGCCGUUGCAACGGGAUUAUCUGGACCCGCGGGAGAUCAUCGAUCUCGCCAUCUUCCAAGAUCGGGCGACCUAUGAGGACAUAGAGAUAGCGAUCAAAGAAGAAAGCGUUGACGACGAAGAAGAAGAAGAAGCCGCCGAAGAGGACGAGGAGGAAGAAACCCCGGAGGAAGGCAGUUAUAGUGAACACAGUGAGGGAGAGCAGAGUGAGGAGGAGGAAGAAGACAAGGAAGAAGAGGAGCUAGAGCUGGAGGAGUCGGAGUGGGAGAUUUCGACGGAGGAAGCGGAGCAGGCGAACACUCCGGCGGAAGACCCCGAAGCGGCGCGCAAAAGAGAGGAAAUCUCGGCCGGGAAACGACAGCUGGAGUUUGCCAGCACAACAAAUUUGCCGAUCACCGACGAUCCGGCCCGCGAUCCAGAACUGCCUAAGCCUAAAGAUGGAGAACACGCCGAGACUUCGAGCACACCGGCAAGGCGGCGACGAAGCCGAUCCUCCUCCCCCUCCACCUCUGAUUGUCCAUCAGUUCGAGCCCGUACUCAUGCGGGGCAUCGGGCUUCGUCCCGGGCCAUUAUCCUGUCGUCCCCUUGACCAUCUCACCCUCCGACAAAUCACCACCCGUGUCACCUUCCCCCGCAA